AAUGAAUUAACUGAAAGUAGUUUUAAAACCAAUGAUACUAUUGAUUUAACAGAAAGUACACCAACUGAGACAACAGUCGAACUAACAAAUACUAGCGAAGAAAGUGAUCUUAACUCAGUUUUACUUACUUCACGAGAACCCUCCUGGGUUUGGGAACAUUUUUCAAAGGAAUAUAAUAAUAACAAUGAGAUUAUUUCAUUUAUAUAUACUAUAUGCAAACUUAAAUAUAAGUCAAUCAAUACGCCAGGAACGCUUGCUAAACAUCUACAUAAUAAACAUAGUAACUAUGUUGGUAAUCGACAAAGCACUCUUGAAAAAUUUAUAGAUAAGCCAUAUUCAAAAACAGAUCAACGAUACCGGCAACUUACAGAUACAAUUGUGGAUUUUAUAGUUUGCUGCCAGCUUCCUUUUUCUAUUGUUGAUAAUAUAUAUUUUAUUACAAUGUUAAAUAAACUUGAUGGACGAUACCAAGUACCUUCUCUUAUACAAGUAUUAGAUCAGGCCAAAAUUACUAAAAAGUUGUUGGGAAUUACAACUGAUAAUGCAUAUUCGAUGAUAGCUGCAGGGCGGGAACUUAAAGAAACUCUAGAUAAUUAUGAAUUAGUUCAUCAGAGAUGUGCAGCGCAUAUACUCAAUAUUGCUAUACAACAUGGUUUGCAGUUAGCAUCAAUAACUAUAAAAAGAGUUCGAGAUUUUGUAACAAAAAUUCGGCAUUCAACAAGAUUAAGUGAGUCUUUAAAAACAAUUUAUAAACUUGAAAAUAAGCCUGAAUUAAGACCUGAUUUAGAUAUAGAGACGCGGUGA